UGAAAAUCGUCGCGCGAAUAUAACGUAAAAUUAACAUAAAAUGUUGUUAUUCUAAAAACAGUGUCAUAAACAUGGCCUUUAAAAACAAUUUUGUGAUCUUUUUGGUGUUUGUGUGUGAAUUGUUUAAUGUGAUUGUCGUUGGACAUUUAUUUUCUACGCCGCAGAUUCUUCUUGCCGAAAAAGAAUACGUUUUGGAGAAAAAUGCCAAUUUUAGUAUCUUCUGCCAAGGAAAUCGACCGUUAAUGUGGAAUAUGCCCCAACCCAAGGACCCAGUAAAGAGAACAUGGACAACAUUUACGAUCACACCGGAACCGUCAAGCAACUCUAAGUACAAAUAUGGCUCUCGUCUUCAAAUAACCAAUAUGUCGUACCCAUUUGUAGGAUUCUAUAACUGCCACUUUGAGGGUGCUCAAGAUAUAACGGACGAAAAUUCCGAGAAUACCAGAGUAUAUCUAUUUGUAAAUGAUGAAAAGUAUCUUGACGUAGACUUUACCAGAAACAACAUUGAAAACCUUUACGUACAAAAGGGGGAUACCGUCCUCAUACCGUGUCGUCCAACGGCGCCUGAUGUCGAGGUGAAGCUGUUUAUGGUCGAUUCUGACCAUGUUGAAGUUCCACUAAAUGUACUUUUGGAAGAAAAAAACACCAUGUACUGGUAUAAAAGGUUUUACGGCAUCUUUACUAAUGACACAACCAUGGAAGGAGAAAUAUUGUUUUCGUGUCAUUUUACAAAAGGUUCAGUAACGCAAAAAAACGCGGAAUAUUUGACGGUUGAAAAAAAAACAUCUUAUAUUCCCACACCGAACAUAGUCGAUGAAAACAAAGGACAUACAACAAUUGGCGAUACUAUCAGACUGAAGUGUAGUCCUCAGUAUAAAAACAUCAAUGUGAUGUUUGAUUGGAAAACUCCCACAGGAUUUAAUGCAAAAAGGAUGAAGAAAAUUGAUACCCCCAAUGAAUCUACAUUGACUGUUUUCAACGCCACGAAAAACGAUAGAGGAGUCUAUACAUGUGUUGUAUUCGAUCAUCAAAAUCACCGUAAUUCUAGAAACAUCACAAUGACGGUUUUUGACAAGCAUUUUCACGAUAUUAUUAUGAGAGAAAGAUCAGAUACUUACCGCCUGGAAGCAAAAGCAGGAAAAGAUCAAGUCACGUGGGUUGUAGAGGUAUGGGGUCAUCCAGACACAACAUUUAAUUGGACAAACAAUAGAAACGAAACAAUACCAGCAGAGAAGGGAAGGAAAUAUGAAGUUGAAACUACAGCACCAGAGUUUUAUAGCCCCGACCAAAGAGAUCUAAUUUCCUUGAAAAUCAAGAAUUUAGCCAUCGGAGAUUUCGGAACUUAUACGUUAAUUGGACGCAAUAAAGCCAUGGAGAAGUCUCAAACGUUUUUUCUGAAUGUCACUGCCGGACCGGUCGUAAUUGUGAAAACAGAUCCGUUUCAUUUAGUAGGGGUCCCAGGAAAAGUAACUUGCACAGCUGCAGCCCAUCCCCCACCUGAUUUCAAGUGGGAGUACAAGUCCUGUUUACAGGAUACUUGUCAAUACGUACCAAUUGAGAGCAAAAUUAUAUCGACGGAGGGUGUAAAGGUAACUUCCGAAAUUGUCGUCAAUCCAACAGAAAAUGGACUUGCCAAAUGUAUAGCAGAAAAUUCUGUCAGCUCGGAGGCAGAUGUUAUCGGAUACUUUGUGACGGACAUACCUGACGGGUUUGCAAUCACCGGAUUUGAAGAUACCGUUAUAGUUGACGAACCACAGCAUAAAGCUAUAUACGCAGUUGGCGAGAAGAUUCAUGUAGUGUGUUCAGCAACUUUGUCCAACUACAGCGAAGUGAGUUGGAAUCUAAAUAGGCGACCUAUACACCCAACAGCAAGAAUUAAGUUCUCUAAACAAACCAGCAAAUAUUCUAGUAGUUUAUUAUUGGAGAUUAAUAACAGCAAUAAAGGCGACAGAGGGACUUACAACUGUGUAGCACGUACUCAUACAGGAACUAAAAGCAAAGAUAUUGAAAUUUUAAUAGUGGAUCCUGUUAAUGCUAAAAUUACUGAUACAAAUAUGAAGGGAGAGAUGAUGCAAGAUUUCCCUAACCCCGUUAUGAUGCACUGCUCAGUCACAGGUGUACCAAAACCCAAAAUCAAUUGGUAUAAAGACAAUGUGAUUUUCGCACCAAAUGAUCCUCGAAUAGUGUUCGAGGAAGAACGACAGACUCUUAGAUUUAAUGAAACUAAAAUAACAGAUGCUGGCCAAUACAAAUGCGAAGCUGAAUAUAAAGGAAUAAAAGAUUUUAGAGAAGUAAAGCUGGUGUUUUCAAAUGCUCCUGGACCUAGACAAGAUUGGCUGAUUUAUAUCAUACUGUUACUUUUCUUAGCUUUAAUUUGUGUGGGAAUAUUCCUUUUAUUGAAAGUUAGGAAGGAAAGGAAAUUAAAGCAAGAAAUGAAGCUUCUGGGUCUCGCUAAUUUCGAGAAAGGUGCUGUUGAAAAUAUAAACCCAGAACUUGGUAUUGACGACCAGGCGGAACUGUUACCCUAUGAUCGAAAAUGGGAAUUUCCAAUAGAACAACUAAAACUGGGAAAGCAGUUGGGUUCAGGAGCAUUUGGUGUGGUUCUUAAAGGUGAAGCUAAGUGUAUCGUGGAAGGAGAACCCGUGACAACAGUGGCUGUGAAGAUGGUUAAGAAGAAUGCGGACAACACGUACAUAAAGGCUCUAGCAUCAGAGUUGAAAAUCAUGGCACAUCUGGGAAAACAUCUUAACGUCGUGAAUUUACUGGGAGCUUGUACCAAAAAUGUUGCCAAAAGAGAACUUUUGGUGAUUGUCGAAUAUUGUCGGUUUGGCAAUCUGCAGAACUACCUCUUGCGCCACAGGGAACAUUUUAUUAACCAGAUAGAUCCCCACACGGGUAAAGUAAAUUAUAUGAUAGGUCAUGAGCUUUUGGACCGGACCUAUUCCAUAUCCAGCAAUAGAAGUCAAGUUCAGUCUCCCCUUAUGAGAUAUGCUACACUUGCAUUUUCUGAUUCUACCAACAGUGCCGGGUUGCCACCUCAAAAUACGAUGGGUGACUACAGAGCUCACGCUGCAUCCGAUGCCACUGAUAUGACUACUGUCACUCAAGGUGAUGACAGCGUUGUGCUUAGCAAUAACAGCGUCCAACCAGAAUGGCGCUCGAAUUAUAAGGGCGACUAUAAGGAUAAUAUACAUCCGAUCAGCACCAAAGAUCUCAUUGCUUAUGCUUUCCAAGUCGCUAGGGGAAUGGAAUAUCUGGCUUCAAGAAAAGUACUUCAUGGAGAUUUAGCAGCAAGAAACAUAUUACUAAGUGACGAGAAUAUUGUUAAAAUAUGCGAUUUUGGUCUAGCCAAAAGCAUGUACAAAAACGACAACUACAAAAAGCGUGGCGAU